AUGCAUCCUAAACCCCUCGAAUCCGGUGAGGUGGAAGAAGAGAGUGGCGAGGAAUCCAGUAUGACCCUGCAAGCUGGAGAUGCAGAAAUAUUGCUGAACGCGAUGUCAACACCUUCCAGUAAACUAGAGGAGCCCCCCAAGAUGAACUGCAGCCCCCUGCCAAACGUGGUUAUCGAAGGAGACUGUUGUGUGUCCUCACAUACAGAAGUCGACAAACUCAUACAAGCCCAACAACAAGAGAAAAAGGAAAAGGACUCGGGUCCAAGAAUGACAAAGACAUUUCUGAAGAACCACUGCAAGCAAAAUAAACUCUACAUGACACCUCGAUUGAAUGACACACUGUAUUUGCACUUCAAAGGCUUCUCCACCAUAGAGAAUCUGGAGGAGUACACAGGGCUGAAGUGUCUCUGGCUGGAGUGCAACGGACUGCAGCGCAUCCAGAACCUGCAGGCCCAAACGGACCUACGCUGCCUCUUCCUCCACCAGAACCUCAUACACAAUCUGGAGAACUUAGAACCACUCAGCAAGCUCUGCACCCUCAAUGUCUGCAACAACUACAUACACACCAUCGAAAACAUUGCCUGCCUGCCUGAUCUGGGCACCCUGCAGAUAGCCCAUAAUAAGCUGCAGACAGUGGGAGACGUGGAGCAUCUGAGUCAGUGCCUCUCCCUCAGUGUACUGGACAUGUCCCACAACCUGCUGGAUGACCCAGACAUCCUCACUGUGCUGGAGAGAAUGCCGGAACUGCGCGUGCUGAACCUGAUGGGAAAUGAAGUGAUAAAGAAAAUCCCAUACUACAGGAAGACUAUGAUCAUACGUCUCAAACAGCUCACGUACCUGGAUGACCGACCUGUGUUCCCAAAGGACAGGGCGUGUGCGGAGGCGUGGGGGACAGCGGGUCCGGAGGGGGAGCGCAGGGAGAGGGAAUCAUGGCAAACACGAGAGAGAAGGAAGAUCCAGGACAGUCUGGACGCCAUGGCAACCAUCAGAGACCAAGCCAUGGAGAAACUGCGACUCAGAGAGCUGCAAGAGAGAGGGGAGUAUGAGACCACUACAACUCCAGAAAUUGAGAGCCCCAGUGAAAAGAACCAGAGGCAGAAUCAGAGCCCGGGCAGGGAGGAGAGGAUCCAGGCAUUUGUGGAGGACAGUCUGGAGGCCCAUGAAGAGUUCCUACAGACACAGAGAGAACAGCCAGAAAAGGAAAAGCCAGGGAUUGAACAGCCACUGAAGAAGCAGCUAGACAGAGAACAACUAGAAAGAGAGGAUCCGGAGGGAGAUCGAGCACUAAAGCCUUGUCCCCUGACUAAUGGUCACCUGACUCCACAGGAUCUCCCUGACCUGGAGGAUGUGGAUGUUGAAGAUCCAGACAGCAUCUGCAUCUUCUCCUCUCAGCGAGUAUUCCGGCCAAUGAUAGAGAUCGUUUCAGGAGACAACAACGAUGUAGAUCCAAUCAUACAUCAGAGUGGGACAGUGUGGACCACAGAGACCACACCUACCCCAGGUCCAUGCUCAUCUUCACUGUUCAGGGUCUGUGACAAAACGUCAAACAAAUCGCCCACCAAUCACCUAGUAGCAUUGGACCCAGAGGCGGGGGAUGCCCCAGAGCUGGUGAUAUCAGAACCUCAGGGAGAACCCAGACAGAGGCAGAGCCCUGAAGCCAGCAAACCAGGUUGUCUCAUUGAGGAGCUGGACUAA